AUGAACUCACUCAAAAUCCCGGAUAACGGCCUCCUGCUGGCGGGCUCGAGCUCCGACUUGGCUCUGCCGCCGCAGGCUUUCCACAUCCAGCUGGAUAAGUCUACCAUAGAUGCGAUAAUCAAGGCUUCCCGAAAUGGCGAAGACCUCAGCCUUUCGCUGGGCCAAUCUCCCACGCUACAAUACGGCUCGAAAUCACACCGCAUCUCUCCUCCCACCGAUGACGCCGAUUACGACCUGUACCUUACCCGACCGUUCGAAUCUACACGCAGAGCGGAGCGGAUACCCGCAACCACAUCCGUCUUUGACAAGCCCAGAUCGGCAUCCGACAGGGCCUCCCGCAAAGGAUCUACCUCUGGAUUGGAUUCCGACAUUGAAGCUCUGCAGAAUGGGCUGGCGGCUCAUGAUGCUGCGCGCGAGAGGGCUCGCGUAGUCGGAAACUUGCCUGAGAAGGCAUCGGCGAAGUCCAAAGCAAAACUCAUUUCCAACUACGGUUCGAGAGCCGGCUCUUUGCCCACUUCACCUAGCCUCCAUGGCGCGACCUCCCCUUCACUGAACCCGACACUCUCCGCAUCCCAGCAGGCUAUGGAACGUGCUAAGGAGCAGAGAGUGACUCUAGUUCACGAGUUGGCCGUGAAAGACCGGUCGACCGAAUACUUGAAGAAGAAGUGGGAAGGCAAGGACCACGAGUUCCGGCCGACCCUGGAAAAGAUUGCCGAGCACAACGCCGAUUCAGAUACGUGGACCAUGGGCAAGACGUACUGGAAAGAGCUUGAUGUGUGGAAUUACGACUAUUCCUCUCAGGAUGAGAGACAAAUUGUCAUUGACAAUGCGAUCCGACAGUACGACAAGCAGAGGCUUUCAGCUUCCGAAGCUGUGUGGCAGAAGCUGCUACCGAAGGAGGAGCGCGGAAAAGGAAUAUGCUUGAGCCGGCUGCAGGCAAACUUGGCAAAGGGUCCUCCCCCCCCCGCACCCAAGAUCAAAGUUCAAAAGGCAGAAGACGGUUCUACGUCUGGUGAUGGUCUGGAAAGCGAUAAGAAGGCCGGAGGAGAAAAGAUGUCGCGGUCCGCAUCCAACCCUCUCCCUACUAAACCAAAGAAGCUGAGCAGCCAAGACGCACAAGCUAAACGGUUGCUUGGCCCUUCUAAGGCUGGCGUUUCCAAGCCAAAGGCGAAGCCUGCUGCCCCGAAGGCGUCUCCAACCAAGAGCAGAGGGGCUGGUUCUAAAGGCAACGACAAACGUAUCCUGUCACAGGAAAUUAUUGUUAACUCAGAUACCUCUGGCGAUGAAGCACCAGCACCACCUCCUACUUUCAAGCCGAAACCGAAACCUGCCGCUUCUAAAGUCAAGGAUACCGUCAUCGUUGCUGGCCGUCCACCAGUCAAAGCUCCAACCCGACCAGCACCUGUUAAGAGGCCUCGCGAAGAUGAUGACUCUAGCUCUAGCUCGGGCACACCGCUAUCGAAACGCAUCAAGCAGAGGCAAUCCUUGCCCGCGGCCCGGCUGAAACACCGCCCUUCCGAUGCCAGCGUGAACUCGCGUGGCACUGCUGCCUCGUCAUCAUUUAAGAGUAAGAAUACGUCGCCGACCAAGUCAUCUCCCCUGGCUUCCUCGCCGCCUACGAAUGCUUCCGAUCUCGAAAACGAUGCACCGCCACCGCCCAAGAUGAGGCGAAAGGCAGAAAUGGAAUCGAAGCCACUGACAGCGAAGCGACGAGCGGCUGAGAGCGUCUCAAUCGAAAUCCUUCGUAAGGCCAACACAUUCAAGGCCUAUUAUCAGCAAUAUGAAGCAUUACAUUACGAGAUUUCGGCAUUGGAUAAUCCUCCUCACGAGAAGCUGGCCGAUUUAUUGGAUAUGAGGGGUCGGCUCGAGAGUAUGAAGAAAGAAAUAUACAGAGAGUGUUCGCCAGCAUGA